AUGUCGGAUCUGUGGCCCUGCGCAGGCUUCGCGAAAAGUGCUGGAUUGUUGCCAGAGCAUAGCGAAGUUUUGCAACCCGUGGCGGUCAAGUAUGACAUUCUCCGCACAUUCAAAGCUCGGGAUGAUGUGCUUGUGGCAUAUUCGUGGUUCAUUAACAGGGCUUCACCGGAUGUUUCCAGGAAACCAUGUCCAAGUUUAUGGGUGCCUCCCAUUUUCCAAGUAACUGCUGGGAAUAUGCCGAGGCAAUUGAGACCGCUCGGAGGUUUUGAUGUGUUGGAUCCCCCAGAGGGAAUUCUUUGCUUUCAGGAAGACGCAUCUUGGGAAUUUGAACUCACUGCCAUCAUGCGGUGCUGCUACGAUUCGUCCUAUAAAUUCAUCCGUGCUUGGCCGUCCAGAGUUCUGUUUUCUGAUGUGCAUUUUCCUUGGACAUCAGUGGAACAAAGCGAUUUGGAAGAGCUUCUCUAUAAAGCUGAUCUCAUAGAAAGUAUCACAGACACCACCACAACCACUACCACUACCACCACCGCAAUCUCCUUCAAUGGCAUCGCAUCUGCAGUGUCUGUGUUUGCUGGAAAACUGGAUAUCACUUGGGAGAUAUUUACUGACUUUGCCCUUGCAAAUGUCAGCAACUCUAGUGAUGUGAAGUAUCUGUUGCUUUCUUCAGAGGAGAAAGAGAAACUUGAUGAUGGAGAGGGUGGAGAGCUGCUGCGAAAUCGCACUGGGGUUCUUGUUCAACUUCUUGAGGGUGCUAAUCAAUCUAGUCGAAGUGCUCAGAUUCGCUUUGCGCCCGGUUCCACACAGUUCUUGAUUGUCCUGGCAGUCUUGCACGAUGCUGUGGAGGAAUCUGUUGACCCAGAGUGGAUUUUUUCGAACAUUUCAUUCAUUUCCAGCAACCGCCAAGCAACCAAAAUCAAAAUCUCAGAGCGCGAUCCAGUUCUCAAAGCCGGCGUCAAUUGGGUGCAAGUCACAGCAGCUCCGGAUGUGCUGGAGAUCAACGUGACAAACACUUCGAUUUCUUUGUCAGCAGUUCUACCUCAAGACUUGCCUAGUUUGACAGCUGGAAUGUAUUUGAGCGGCUCAAGUAGCCAAGAUGAUCCCUUCUUCGUGCAGCUAAUAGAAGUCUUGGAGGCCGGUCCGACCAUGCUGAAGGCCACAGUGCGUCCAUCUCAAUUGGAGGACAUCUACCAAAGCUUCCAACUUGAUGGGACCUUGACAUUAGAUGCAGAUACAAGCGGGUCUGGGGUCAGCCUGCUCGAAAACGCAGCUACGUCAAGUCCAACAACUUUAAAGCUCGCAGACGGGGCAAAGGUGGAGUUUACAGGUGGUGUUAGCGUGCAGGAAACGAUCACCCUCAAGCCAACGAUUCACGUCAGUGUGGACAUUGGGUUUCUAUCAUACUCAGUGGAUUGCACGUUCAGUUUGGACAUCUCGGGCACAUUGACAUUCUCCAUGUUUUCCCAAGGCAGUCUGGUCGUCGACAAAGAAAUACCCUUAGCCAAAUUUCCACCUGUUACCGUCGCGAUUCCAGGUGUUCCUAUUCCUUUCGUCCUCAAGCCGCAAGUCGUGCUCGUAGGAUCUUUGGCUGCAUCUGGCAAGCUAAAUGUCGGAUACAGCCUCGACUAUGGCGCAGUGUGGACUGUUCAGGUGAAGCGGGAGAAUGGGAUCUGGGAUUCUUCGAGCACAUGGACUGAGAAGCCCUCCGAACCUUUCAAAAAGUCUAACUCUCUGGAAGGCACCUGGAAAGCUUCAGUUGGAGUGAAGGUGAUCUUGGAUGUCCUUGCCGCUGGUGUGAUCGGUGUCCGCUUUGGACUCGGGCCAAGCUUGGAGUUUGAGGCAGCCAUAACAGCUUUCGACCCGUUUCUAAGACAAAGAGAUCCUCUGGGAGGCCUUCACAUUUCCAAGUUUGGCUUGUUUCUGGGGAUGUCAUACGAGGCCGGAAUCGCCUGUGGCUUUUUUGAGUGGGAAACCUGUCCUGGCGUGCUGCUCUCGUCCAGCUUUGCCAUUCCCCUUUGGAGCUUGACAGGAAAUUUGCAGAUUGGAUACAAUCCAAGCACCUGCUCAUGGUAUGCACAGGGAGACAGAGCUUUGGGUUCGGUGUUCACAAAUAGGCGUUAUACAUGGUACGAGAAUUCAGGCUUUGCAUCCAUUGCUGGCUCUAGCAGCGGAAGCCGGCUGCAGCUAAGCGAAUCUCCGCGGCCAACAGGAUCUGCUGGAAUUCUUUACCUCUUCGUGCGCCCAGCAAACAAACCAAGACUUCGCCUCUUGGCAACCAAGACAUUCUUCAAAUCACAACUCGAGUGUGAGGAGGAGGACGAGCCACCUGACGACAACAACCCCUUCGAUGACACAGACUGGGAUCGGGACAGGGCUCCCGGUACUGGAGGCGGAGACCCGCAAUGUUUGAGCUAUGAUGGAUUCCGCUUUGAGUGCAACUUCUUGGGAGAGGCUGUUUGGACCAGGUGCGACGAUUUUGCGCUGCAUGUCCUCACACAGACCGCGGGUCCAGCUGGGAGCGACAGCAGAGCUACAGUCAUCAAGGGUUUUGCCGUCAAGGAGCAGGGUGAAAUUGCUUAUGCCGUUUCUCGUGACCCUGGAGCUGGAGAUGGUUCUGGUUCUCUGUUUGACUUUGCUUUGGAUGGAGAUGGUGAGAGGCUGGCCGGUAGCUUCCUGACCUUGGCCAUAGACGGCACUGACACUCUCUUCAUAGCGACGGAUUCCGGACAUGAAAUCAAAGCUGUCUUCCACCCCACACAUGUCUACCUGGAAAUCAAGCUUGAUGAGCGCUGCUUCAACCGAGCAGAAGGUCUUUUAGGAAACAACAACGGCGAUCCUGCAGAUGAUUUGCAACCUUUCAACAAAAGUCAGGGUGUCCCAACUACCUCAACAGCAGAAACGAUCUAUGAACAAUUUGUGCUUUCAUGGUGCAGAGACAAUGUCGCGGAUUCGUUGUUUCCUCCCGAUCUCUUCCAGCCUUGUGACCGCACUUUCAUCCCCCUCUUCGUUUCAGAUUUGGAUAUUGAUGCUUGUCCAGCUGUUUGCCAUGGUGAUGCAUUCUGCUGUCUCGACUACAGUGAAGGUGGAGAGGAGCUUGCCGUAUCAUCAUUGGCAGAGAUUGAAGCUGCCGUGCAAGCUCAGGGCUUGGCGCAGUCUUUUCUACAACCACUUCCUCCCUCAUUGUCGUUGCCGACAAGAAUCUAUCUCUCACCAGAUUCUCUUCAACUCACCGUAUUUGCAGAAGGUUCCAACAUGGAAGACUUGAAUUGUUCGAUUUGUUCCGACGCAGAAGUUCUCUGCAGUUUGACCAUCAUAGGUAGCAAUGCCUCGCUCAGGGUCAGCGGCUCCAUCCCGAUGGGAACAAUGACUUGUGUUGCCAAAGCCGACAAUGUGACGACGUCUGGAGUCGCUGACAUCGUGAUCUUGGUCACAACCACAUCCGAAACUACAACUACUACAACGGACUCAGAACCGUCGACAACGGAUGACACCGGCACAAUGACAGCCUCAACCACCACCAGCACAAGCGCUGAAACGGUCUCAACAGAAACCACAAUGGCUACGAAGUCAGAAACCACUACGGUUUCAACAGCCCGUGAAACCACAAGCGCUGCCACAACCACAGUUAGCACCACAAGGAGCACCACAAUUAGCACCACUGCCGCACCGGUUUCAACUGAGACAACAACGGCAUCGAAGUCAGGUGUGACGACUGGUGCAACCACAAGUGCUGGCACCAGUACAACAAGUACAACCCAAAGCAUCUCCAGCAGAUCAUCAUUGCGCUCGAUCGCCACCACCGCCACAACCACAUCUGGGAUCUCAGGCACGUGUGCAACCUACAACUGCCCGGAUGGAUUUGUGCCAGACACGUCGUCGAGCGACAAGAUAUGCAAUCCAUGUGACAGUAGAGCCUGCUGCCUGGCAACCUGCGCCACGUAUGUAUGCUCUGGCCCGUUGGUGAGCGAUGCUGAUCAGGUUUGCGGUGCAACGCCCGAUAACUGUGAUGAAGCGACCUGCUGCGUCACACGACGCGAACGCAGGAGGCGUCGACGGGAAAGGCGCAGGAGGCGUAGGUUUGGCCUGGCUCCAAACGCAACGCCUGCCGACAAUCUCAUCAAUACAGAGGGGUGCGAACCUGGAGACAAAGGAGCAAGGACUUUCCAACAACUGCCUGGAGAUCAUGUUCUUGCAAGGAAAUGGCGAUGGCUUUGCUGCAAGAGAACAAGAGGGUGAAGGUGAAGACGAGCUGUAGCGGACAAUCCGUUUCAUUUCCGUUCAAAGCUGCCUUGCAGCGCCUUUUGAAAGAUGUUGUGCUAGUCGUGGUAGUUUCAGAAUUGUCCAAGCCCCAUGCUGUAAGCCUUGACAUGCUAGAGCAGCAGGGUGCUGAGAAGUUUGAUACCCAAAUUGCAUGCCCUUGUAAGCCCAAGUGGGCCCCUCAGUCACUGCUGCAUGUCGUGGUGGAUUUGCAUCGACUCGCGUGGCCAACAGAGCCAAGCCCACCUAAGCACUAGUUGAAGGGACAGACCUUCCACCUCGGUUCAGGCUAGGUCAAAUUUAAAUUUUGAUUUGUAGCUAUUUGCCGGUUAUAGGCCCGCCUCCGGCAGGGCAACCGGACAAUAGCGGCUAGAUUGCUGGAAUUGCUAGAUCGAGAGACCACACUGAAGGCUGGAAGUUGGGAGCACACAGGCUUGAAAUCGCCCUUGGUUCCUGGAUUUCCUGGUCUACCUUCGUUCUUUUUUAACAUUUACAGCAUUCUCAGUAUCCAGCGUUGGGCUCCGAAUCGCUGUAUUGCGAAUUUUUAGGUUGAGGAGGCGGACAUUCCGCUUCAGCUCACGCUACUAGGCUGCAUCAGCCUUGCUACUAGGCCGAAUUCAAAUAUAGAUUAGUCGCUGUGAAGACGAUGAUUCACGACGUUUAGUAACUUGGUUUAAAGAUGAUUUGUGGAUGUC